GCGCCGACGGGAGGUGAACGGACGUGACGUUACUCUCCUUUCCUCUCCAGCCUCCUUGGGGUCGCGCCGUGAUGACGUUUUUGAAGUAAAGCCUGGAGGGGGCGAUGCCUUCCGGACGCUCUGCGGUAGCUUCUGCCCCUGGACCCACACACUUCAGGCAGCAGAAGAGCAAGAGGAGUGUGGAAGCCAAGAAGACCCAUUGUGCCACAGGGGAUAGCAGCUUCCAGGGUACUUCACCUGGCCAUGACUCCCAAAGUGAUGCAUUCUCUGACUCUUCCCAAAAGUUGGUGAGUGGUGGUCAUACGUCUAUCCGGAAGCCGACUUAUUGGUUGGAAAUGAGAGGGAUCAAAGCAACUUCUCAUCCACAAGGUGAAGUUACAGGUGGAGUGCCAGGCAAAGGGAAGAGGAAGACUAGUGGGGAAGAAGAUGAAGAUUAUGAAGAAUUUCCUCAGAAGAAGCAAAAGCUUUCCGGAAAGAAACAGCGGCCUAGAGCUCAGCAUAGCCCCAGAACCCAAAGCCGUUAUAUCCGGAAGGAUCCACCAAGUUAUCCAGCAGGCAGUGUGGAGGAGCAGUGGUAUCUGGAGAUCCUGGACAAAGGCAGAGUGUCAUGUCCAACCUGUCGGGCGGUGGUGAGAAAGACAGUAGAGGGUCUAAAGAAGCACAUGGGAAAUUGCAGACAGGAGAUGUACACCUGUCACCACUGUGGGAAGCAACUUCGGUCAUUGGCGGGGAUGAAAUACCACGUCAUGGCAGACCAUAAUAAUUUGCCCAUCCUGAAAGAUGGAGGAGAGCUAGAUGAGCCAAAUGAACGAGAGCGACUCCGGAAGGUCCUGAAGAGGAUGGGGAAACUCAAGUGCACGCGGGAGAGUUGCUCUGGCAGCUUCACAAGCAUCAUGGGCUACUUGUAUCACAUCCGAAAAUGUGGCAAAGAAGCUGCAGAGCUGGAGAAGAUGACGCUGAAAUGUCACCAUUGUGGGAAGGCUUAUGGAUCAAAGGCUGGACUUAUGUAUCACCUGCGGUCAGAACAUGGACCUAUGCCCUUCUUUCCAGAGUCAGGCCGACCUGAGGGCUUAAGAGAGCUGAGUUUGGAGACUGGUACUGGGGGUCGUGUGCAGAGGCGUUCAGCCAAGGUGGCUGUAUACUACCUGCAGGAGCUAGCCAAUGCCGAACUGGCCAAAGAGUGGCCUAAGAAGAAGGUGCUUCAGGACCUGGUUCCUGAUGAUCGGAAGCUGAAAUAUACUCGUCCUGGACUACCUACCUUCAGCCAGGAAGUACUCUACAAAUGGAAGUCAGAGAUCAAGAUGUAUCAUCGUGUCCAUUGUCCCAACCAGGGCUGUGAGUCUGUCUACAGCAGUGUGUCUGGUCUCAAGGCUCACCUGGGCACUUGCACAUUGGGAGACUUUGUGGCUGGAAAAUAUAAGUGCCUCCUAUGUGAGAAGGAGUUUGUGUCAGAGAGUGGUGUCAAAUAUCACAUCAACUCCAUCCAUGCUGAGGAUUGGUUCAUGGUGAACACCACAACAACCAAGAGCUUUGAGAAGCUGAUGAAGAUGCAGCAUCAGCAAGAGGAGCAAAGGCGAUGGCAGCAGCAGCACAAGAAGAGGAUGUCGCCGAGAGCCGGUAGAAAACAGCAGCGGCCACCAGAGGCUGCACCGGACAAGAAGGAGUCAGAUCGCCGGGGAGGGAAAGGCCUGGCAGGCUCAGCCUCUUGUGAGAACGCUGAAGGAGAGGAGCUAGAGCCAGAGCAAGUGCCCGUGCCAGUGUGUUUCCAGACAGUGAAGCUCUCAAAGACCAGCCAUAAACGUGGAAGGAAAUAACAGGCCAGUGCUAGAGCAUCCCUGUAUGAAGGGAUGGGGCACUGUUGGCCCAGAGGCCCUGGAACUGGGGAGUCCUCUCAAUCCCUUUCUCUUUAGUAAUUUUCUCAAGUCAUUCCUACUUGUCCCCUUCCUCUUUGGACUUCUGGGCUCCCUCUUUCCAGAAAGUCCUGUCUCCCCAACUCUUGUGCGCCUUAAAUUUCCACUGUCAUCUUUACCAUGCUGAUGUCAUCUUCUUUCCCUCAACAAAAGUGGGAAACUCCUGGCUGUUGGAUUUUUCCUCCUUGAGGUGAAGUGGUCACAGUUAGAAUAUUAAAAGCUGAGGUUUAGGGUUUGGAAUAAGGAAAAUUUUUACCUGCCUUUCCUUCCCCAACUCUUCCACCUACUACUAAAAGCCACCAUCUAAUCUGUAAAACAAGCCAACUGCUCUUCACCACAUAAAGUUUAUAAUAUUAUGCUUCAUAUAUAACUAGUCUAGAUGCCUCUAUUUGGUGCCGACAUCUGUCAGGCAUUUCUUUCUGUUAGCCCAGUUGCUCCUCCUGGUGCCAUGACCUUGUUGGAGCAGAAUUAGAUAUAGGUAGCCCAGUUGAACACGGACUCAGUGUGAAUCAGAAGACUGGUCUUGCACUUUGGUUGUUACUGGGAAAUGCUUCUUGUACUGAAUUCAUAGUCAUGAAAAAAAACUCAUCAUCAACAGAAAUACAUGAAUAGCUGUAAAAUGACUAGAAAGGAGAGGACAAAGCGAGUAUCAUUGUCCAGCAUGAGCUUUCCUGGUGUUUGGGGUUACAUCUGUCACUGAGAUCAGCUCCUAAAAGUUUGUUCUGCACUUCCUUAAUUUUAAUUGUCAAGAGGCAUCUCACUAGGUCUACUUGGUGUCCUGCUGUUCCUAGUGAUGCCAUAUGUGUCAGGAGCUUAAGAGCACAUUCCGUCUUCCCUUGGACUUCUGUUUAGCCACAGUGAACUUUAGUAGCCAUUCUCCACAGUCUAAACCCUUACUUCUGCCCCUCCAGUCAUUGUGCUGCCUCUUCUCUAAAUUCUCUCUGGGUUAUCACCCUCUUGCAGAGUGGUGACUAUGAGAGGGUCCUCUUUUGGGAGGCCCCUUAGUCUAGCAUCCUGAGACUUCAGGACUGGAUAUAAGUGAGCACUUAGCCAGAGCUGGGAAAAAAAGAGACUUUCCCUCUUUACAUUCUUGCAUACCCAGCCAACCUUAUUAGGAUGUUUAUUUCUGAGUCUGACUUUCUUUGGGGUGUCAUUUGUAUCAGUUUCUCAUUAUUCUUGGUCUCACCACCUUCUUACUCCAAAAUUCAGGUCCCAUAGCCUUGCUUCCAUUUGUUUCAUGUGCUAUGUAUAGUACAUGAUCCUUGUCCCUAGCACAUGUCACAAAUAGUGGCAAGUGGCAAGAAUCACUUUUGGAUUCUGGAAGACUAUAAUUCUUCCAGUUUGCUAUCCUCCAAAAAAAAAAAAAAAGGCAAAACAGGAGUUUGGAGAGAUGAUGUUAAGUUAGCUCUAUCAGUUGAUCUCACCUCAGAAGAGUGCCUCACAAGAAGUCCUGUUACUAGUAAGUGGGAAGUAAAACCUGGCCUCUUUGCUGCCAGGAGCAGCAGAUGGGAAGAAACUCCUGGAUUACUUUAUCCUUUCUUGCACGACUAUGCCCUGAAAUCCAGGCUAUACAGUGAAUAGGGACUGCCUGGGAGGGGCGAUGGAAGAGUGAUGUAUAUACACCCUGUAAAGUUAAAACUUGGGGUGUAGGUGGUAACAUUGAAGGAAAUAAACAUCCCUUUACUAGA